UGGUUAUUAAAAAUACUUCAUAUUAUUUGUUUUGUGCUGGCUAUCUAAUAUUAUUUCAUUCAGACACCCCAGUCUAGUACCCGUUUCUACUUCCGUCGCCGUCCGAAACCCAAAGAUGCGAACUUUAAUUAGCCUCCGACAUGUUUUCUGGGAUUCCGAAGUCUCCAUCCAACCUCGUACCAAGAAGCUGUCGCUCAUUUCACUCCGCAGCAGAAACUCCACCUGUUCAUGCUUCCGAUCUUUCCACUCUCUUGCAAGGCCGCGUUCCCCGCCUUCACCUUCUUCAAAUCCACGCCCGAGUCUUCAGGCUCGAUGCCCACCAGGACAAUCUGGUGGCGACCCGUCUCAUCGGCCUAUACCCAUCUCGCAUCGCCUUCGAAGUUUUCGAACAGCUGAAGCAACCCAACAUCUUCCCCUUCAACGCCAUCAUAAGGGUCUUCGCCGAGGAGGGCCUGUUUCCGAAUGCUUGGUCCCUGUUCAGAGCCUUGAAGCGGCGCCGGCUCUCGCCGAAUGAUUUCACGUUCUCGUUCCUUCUCAAGGCCUGCUUUCGACGCGCGAGCGCCCGUCAAGUGAAUCAGGUUCACACCCAUGUGCUCAAAGCUGGUUUUUGUGAGGAUCCUGUCGUGUGUAACGGCCUUCUUUCCAUUUAUGCCAAGUCAGUUAAGGAUGUGGUUUCCGCCCGUAAGCUGUUUGAUGAAAGUCCCCAGAGGAAUUUGGUCUCUUGUGCUUCUUUGAUUUCUGGUUAUGCUCAGUCGGGUCAGGCUGAAGAUGCGUUGCAGCUUUUUGUUAACAUUGUCCAGGAAAAUUUGAGGCUUGAAGAUGAAAUCCUUGUAAGUGUCUUAUCGGCUUGUUCUACUAUUCAGGUAGCCCAUUUAGAAAAAUGGGUUAGUAUUCUGUCAAAAUUUGUUGAAGAUGGGAAUCUUGAUGAUAUUAAACGUGAUUCAACCAAUAUUGUUCUUAUACAUUUGUAUGGAAAAUUGGCAAGAAUAGAUAAGUGUAGGGAAAAAUUCAACGAAAUAACUGAUCAUGGAAUUGGAAGAUUGCUUCCUUGGAAUCUCAUGAUAACUGCAUUUGUGCAAAAUGGUUGCCCUAUGGAGGCUCUGCAUAUUUUCCACCAAAUGAUGGAGGAUAGCAACCGAAAACCUAAUGAAGUUACUAUGGUUAGCGUCCUUUCUGCUAGUGCUCAGGUUGGUAAUUUGGAUCUUGGCAAUUGGGUUCACAAUUAUUUGAGGUCAGAAGGCAGCAAAGGCAUUCUUCAAUCGAACAAAGUUCUAGCGACUGCAUUGAUAGACAUGUAUUGUAAGUGCGGGAGGCUGGAGGGGGCUAAAGAAGUUUUUAAUCAGAUGAUACGAAAAGAUAUUGUCUCGUUCAAUGCUAUGAUCAUGGGCCUUGCAAUGAAUGGUGAAGGAGAAGAGGCACUGCAGCUAUUUUCCGGCAUCCAAGAUUUUGGUCUGCAUCCUGAUGCUAGCACAUUUCUUGCAGCCUUAUGUGCAUGCAGCCACUCAGGUUUGUUGGAUGAGGGACGGAGGAUCUUUUCAGUGAUGCAGAUGAGAAUUUCACUCUCUCCCAGUUUGGAACACUAUGCCUGUUAUAUUGAUCUCCUUUCACGUGUAGGUCAUAUUGAAGAAGCUUUAGAAGUUGUUGCCUCUAUGCCUUUUGAACCUAAUAACUUUGUGUGGGGAGCUUUACUUGGGGGUUGCUUGCUCCAUGCUAGGGGAGAAGUUGCUCAGCAUGUAUCGAAAAAGCUUGUGGAAGUUGACCCUGAAAGCUCUGCUGGUUAUGUGAUGUUGGCUAAUGCAUUUGCAGCUGAUAGGCAAUGGGAUGAUGUUUCCGUUCUGAGGUGGUUCAUGAGAGAAAGGAGGGUCAAGAAGCAACCAGGACAUAGCUGGAUCCAAAUAGAUGGUGUUGUGCACGAAUUUCUUAUAGGGUCACCAGGGCAUCCACAAUUGGGGAUGAUAAAUGAAACUUUAGGCACAUUAGAGAAAGCAAUGAAGUCAGAGAUAUGGCUAACUUUGAUGAAAUGGAGGCAGCUUAGUAUGGUCCAGCAUCAUCAAAUAACUUGAAAUGGUCACCAAUUCCUCCAAAGGCUUCUUCUGGGAGCAGGUUUGGGGGGAAACUAUUUAUCAGUGACAAACCAGGGCUUUCAGAAUGGCAUCAAGCAAGUAGGAGCUAGUCCUGCUUCCACCAUUUUCGAGAAAGGUUCCUAAAUUUAAGAUACUGCUCUCAGUAACUCCUGCAUAACUGGUGGAAGAUUGUGAUACGGGAGUGAAUGGUGCCGCAUCUCCCAUCUCUCAGCCAGUCAACUCUCAAGGUUUCGGUCAUCAAUAUAAUGUUAGAUAGACUUUGCCUCAUGUCUGAUUUUCUUGCACACUUGAUGCUUAAAAAAAGAGCAGUUGAAGCACAACUUUGCUUUUGGCAUGUUAGAUACUUAAGGGGUGAUGGACUCAUAUGCUCCUGGCCACAAUCGAAGCUAAAUAUGCUAUGGCCUUA